AUGUCCUCUAGUGUUCCAUACGACCCAUAUAUUCCUAACCAAACAACUGGUGAUGAGUCCAAUUCCAGGACAGCGGCAAUCCAGGCGCAAAUUGAUGAUACCGUGGGCAUUAUGAGAGAUAAUAUUAACAAAGUCGCCGAACGAGGAGAGAGGUUGGAUUCCAUCGAGAAUAAGACUGACAAUCUUGCAAUUUCUGCUCAAGGAUUCAGAAGAGGUGCAAACAGAGUUCGCAAAGACAUGUGGUGGAAGGAUAUGAAGAUGCGUAUGUGUAUAAUUUUGGGCAUCAUCAUCGUAUUAAUUGUGAUCAUUGUCCCUAUUGCUGUUCACUUCUCCUAG